AAGAUUAUUCAGUUUCAUUUGAGAUUUGAAGCAUCAUCAUGCCUGAGCCAGCAAAGCCCGCGCCCAAGAAGGGCUCAAAGAAAGCCGUCACCAAGAGCGCCGCCAAGAGUGGAAAGAAGCGCAGGAGGUCCAGGAAGGAGAGCUACGCCAUCUACGUGUACAAAGUCCUGAAACAGGUUCAUCCCGACACCGGCAUUUCUUCAAAGGCGAUGGGCAUCAUGAACUCUUUCGUCAACGACAUCUUUGAGCGCAUCGCCGGUGAGUCUUCUCGUCUCGCUCACUACAACAAGCGCUCCACCAUCACCUCGAGAGAGAUCCAGACCGCCGUGCGUCUCCUGCUGCCCGGUGAACUCGCCAAACACGCCGUGUCUGAGGGAACAAAGGCCGUCACCAAAUACACGAGCUCCAAGUAAAGCUGAAAGUACCCAAUCUGAACCCAACGGCUCUUUUAAGAGCCACCCACAGUUUCUAGAAAAGAGCUUAUGAUAUUCGUGUGUAAUACAAAGAAUUACUACAUUCUUUCAAUAUCGAUUCAAGCGAACUCUUCAGCAUUAAAAAUCAGUUUAAACCAUUUUAACUUCUGUAAGACCGUCACCACUAGUGUGUUCUUUUAUGGGUGUUUGUAAUUGGUCCUAUCUGUCAAGAUCUCCUUUCCUUUAGUUUUGUUUCGGGGUGUAUUUAUUUUCUGCUCAUUUUGUUGUGCUUAAAAAUUAUAUCAACAUUUUAAACCUUGCCUUUAUAUUCACGUUGCGUUGGAAGAAGAACUUUGUAAGUUACAAAUAUGUAAACAUA